GGCGGCGAUGGAGGCGAUAUUGAAGGCUGUGCAAGACGACUUAGGCGGCCGUGGCAUUCGCCACCUUCUGGACGCACAACGGGACGCAGCGUCUCUCUGGGCUGCCGCGACGGGCCUGCUGAAGCUCCCGGCUGACUCGCAUGUGGCCAUCCUGACAGGGUUUCCCUGCGUGCAACACGCCACGCCGCCGACCGAGACCGACGGCAUCGCUGGCACGUUUGCACUGGCCCAUAGCUUGCUAGCCCGUGGCUGCAACGUCCAUAUCCUCACCGAUGACGUCAACGCCAGUGUCUUCCAAGUGUGCAUCGAUCACUGGAAUGUUCUGCACCCGACGACGCGAGAGCGACUGUUCUUGCACACGUACCCGCGAGGUCCUGUCGUGCCACAGGAUGUGGAGUACAUGGCGGGAUUAAUCCAGCAUUGGAUUGCGAUCGAGCGACCAGGCGCUGCUGCCGACGGCAACUACUACACCAUGCGAGCCCGCGCCAUCUCGGAGCACGUGGCGCAAUUGGACUGUUUUUUCCAGCUCGCACAAGACCGCGGUGUCCCCACCUUGGCUAUCGGCGACGGCGGCAACGAACUUGGGCUAGGAAAUGUGGCAGCGCUGACGAAACGCCACAUCCCGCACGGCGAUGUCAUUGCGGCGGCCACGGGCUGCGACCAUUUAGUCGUCGCCUCGAUUUCCGACUGGGGAGGUUUCGCCGUGUGCGCAGCCAUGACGUACUUUGACCCGUCCUUGUCCAUGGUGCAACCGCAAACACUGGCCACGUUGGCAGCGGCAAUGGUCGCUGCUGGCGCUAGAGAUGGCAUUUUAGGCACGGCCGAUGCAUUUGUGGAUGGCUGGCCGGUCGUUGUGAGCCUGAAUAGACUUCAUCAGCUAAGACAUCUCUGCAGCCGUCGAUUCACUCGGCUCUUGGCAAGUCAGCGCGCCCGACCUACUGCUCUCUCAGAAUGGCCUCGGCUUGGCGUGCGCUUUGACCCUUCAUCGCACGAAUCGAGCAGCCCAUCCACGUUGAUUCAUGUCGUGUCGGAGAUGGACCACGCAGCUCCACAAACGGCAAUCGUCGCUCUGGAAAUCGCGUCUGUCCAAGCGUUGCCAGCUCCGGAUGUCGGCUGCAUUGUCUUGGUGCCAGCAGCGUUGCUGGAGUGUCCGAGCUUGUUGAAUGUCGUCCGCAUGUGGCAAUCUCGGCCCCACUCGCAUGUCGCGAUCGUCGGGGGAAGCCUCCAACUCCUUCAACACGUAGUGGCCGCAGGGGUUUACGUCUCGAUUCACGUAGUUGCCGAAACCUCUCACGACGACACAACAACGUCAUGGUGCCAACAGCAACGAAUUGGGGUCUGGGUCGACGCUGCGCCGGAGUCCACCACGACGGCAUGUCCGUUCCUCGCUCAACCGUGGGUGGACGCCGUGCUUUGUUCGAAUGAAGCUCAACUGCGCCUCCUCACGGACUCCAUCGACGCCGCCGUGGUCGACGCGUGGCGAACGGGCUAGCCACGACGCCACGUCUGGCCUGGCCAUCGUAGCCGCGUCGGUUCAGCGUCCCGACGCCCCACGUGAAGGUGAAAGCGCUUUCAAAUAAUUCGCGCAUAUGGAGACAACAAUACAUGAUAUUUGAAG